ACAGAGUCUAUGUAUAAAGAGACCGCGCCGCGUGCGAGAAUCGCGCUCAGUUUUGCCUCGCCUCGAAACCGUAACGUUACGGUCGCGUUGCCGCCUCAAAGCAGCAAAUGAAAACCGAACCGUCGCUAUUGUUAUUGUUGGCUCUUGUAGUUUCGCCAUAGUUGCAAAUAGUGUGACGUUCGUGAAAAUAAUGUGACCGAAAUUAAAAAAAAAAGUUUACGUUAUUUUAAUUAAUUGAUGUUCAGUUGGUAAUCGAGUGCGUUAUUUAUUUAUUUUUUUAUUUUAUUUCUUUAUUUGGAGCUUUUGAGGAUUCUUAUUUUAAUUACCGUUUACGUUGUGUUAAUACAAAUUGUGUUUGGAAGAUUUUUUUUAAUCGAAAAAAGAAGAUAUUACGUUUUGGUUUUGAAAAUUAACGUGCCGUUUUUAAAGGUGCGUAUAAACCAGGCGCGAUCGCGCGUUUUCCUCACAAAACGGCUCCUAAGCGAUCGUCACGCGUCUUCGAGGGGGGCUGCGUGGGCGUAGUUGUGACGAAGCGCCGCAAGAUUCCGCCGGCUGCGAAAGGUGACAAGGGCGCCGCCACACUCGGCACGCUCGGCGGUGCUUUGCGCAGGACCGGCAUUAAAGUCUCGGGUGUCGCACUGACCCUGAAACAGUGGUGGCGCGAUGUGGGGCUUUGCCCCCACGGCCCCGCGCGCCCCUCUUGUCCGCUAGGGGCGCAUCACCAGGGGGGUCGAACUAGGAAACCGCGCCAUCUCAUGGGACAGACGCUCAGCAUGUGUAAAUGGAAGCAGUGUGCCCGAGAUAAGUGUUUGCAUUUAAGGGGCACAGAGGACGCUCGCUUGCAAAGGGAAUGUACAGGAACAGAACCGGAUCCGGGCAGGACGAAGAGGAACUGCUACGAUCCGGAAUAUGCGCGGAUGGAGUCUUGGUUAGACGAGCAUCCGGACUUCGUGCAGGACUAUUUUCUGAGAAAAGCAAGCAGACAAGUGGUAGAUUCCUGGUUACUAUCUCACACGACUUUAACAUCAUCCAGUGCGGAAUUAGCGUCACCAACUCACAAUAACCAGUCGAGGGGUGGUUCAGGCGCUACAACUCCAGUUCGAAAAAUUUCCGCCCACGAAUUUGAAAGGGGGGGCCUUUUAAAACCGAUUAUUAGCACGAUCGACGGAACGCCAACAUUUCUAACGGGGGCCACAGAGGAACAAGGCACCUCAGGGGGACACAGCCCUACACCAUCGCGACGACAAAGACGAUCGAGACACGAACUGAAACAGCUAGACGAAAAGGAGUUGAUAUUUGAGUUGGUCAAAGAUAUUUGCAAUGAAUUGGAAGUACGAUCUCUUUGUCACAAAAUCCUCCAGAAUGUUCUCAUGCUUCUUCACGCCGAUAGAGGAUCCUUAUUUCUGGUUCAAGGGGAAAAAGGCGGAGGAUGCACUCCUAGUCCUCCAGGUCAAGCACCAAGAGGUAGGUGCUUGGUUUCAAAACUUUUCGACGUCUGCUCGAAGAGUACUCUCGCGGAAAUGGAGAAGAAGGAGGAAAUUACCAUUCCUUGGGGAACUGGAAUUGUUGGAUAUGUUGCGGAAAGUGGAGAACCCGUUAAUAUCCCGGAUGCGUAUGAAGAUGAGAGAUUCAAUCGUGAUAUAGAUACAUGGACAGGAUACAGGACAAGAACUCUUCUUUGUAUGCCCAUAAAAGAUACAAGUGGAGAUGUAAUAGGAGUAGCUCAGGUGAUAAAUAAAGUGGGAGACGCCCCGUUUUCGCAACAGGACCAACAGAUUUUCGCAAGUUACCUCCAGUUUUGCGGCAUCGGUUUAAGAAAUGCGCACCUUUACGAAAAAUCUCAACUCGAGGUGAAACGAAAUCAGGUUCUAUUGGAUUUAGCUCGAAUGGUUUUCGAAGAACAAAGCACUAUAGAACACGUCGUUUUUAGGAUAUUAACACAUACACAAAGUCUUAUUCAAUGUCAAAGAGUACAGGUUCUACUGACCCAUCAAGCGUCUAAAAGGAGUUUUUCGCGAUCGUUUGAUUUCCAAGCGAGCGACCUUUGCGGCGAAGAAGGCGAAUCAAGAACUAGCCCAUUUGAAAGUCGGUUUCCUAUAAAUAUUGGGAUUACUGGAUAUGUUGCCGCGAGGGGAGAGACUGUGAAUAUUGUUAAUGCGUACGAUGAUAGCCGGUUUGAUCCCAGCGUGGAUAGAAACAGCAACUUUCAGCAUAAAAGCAUCCUUUGUAUGGCUAUUAAAAAUUCUUCGUGCGAAAUUAUAGGCGUUAUCCAAUUGAUUAAUAAAUUUAAUGAUUUGCCGUUUACCAAAAAUGAUGAAAACUUUGUGGAGGCUUUUGCUAUUUUUUGUGGGAUGGGAAUUCAUAACACCCAUAUGUAUGAAAAGGCUGUUGUGGCCAUUGCCAAACAAAGCGUUACUCUUGAAGUUUUAUCUUAUCACGCAACAUCAAGUAUAGAAGAUGCUCAAAGAAUUAGACAAAUGAGGGUUCCAUCUGCGGUAUCGUUUUGUUUGCACGAGUUCUCUUUCGAUGAUGUUGGGUUAUCUGAUGAUGAAACUCUUACGGCAUGUAUAAGAAUGUUCCUUGAUCUUGAUCUAGUCGAGAGGUUCCACAUGGACUAUGAGGUCCUCUGUCGGUGGUUGUUAUCCGUUAAGAAAAAUUAUCGUAAUGUUACCUAUCAUAAUUGGCGGCACGCUUUUAAUGUUGCCCAAAUGAUGUUCUCCAUUUUAACAGCUACUGGUUGGUGGAAUAUUUUCGGAGAAAUUGAAGUUUUAGCUUUGAUAAUCGGUUGUCUAAGCCAUGAUUUGGAUCAUAGAGGAACCAACAAUUCCUUUCAAAUAAAGUAAGAAAUUAAGAUUAUUAUUAAGUUCAUUGCCUUUUAUAGUAAUCUUACCGUCAUCAUGUAUAAUAUGGCUUUUC